AUGGAGGACCAGCUGCUGUGCUGCGAGGUGGACUCCAUCAGGAGAGCCUACCAGGACGUGAACCUGCUCACCGACCGGGUCCUCCACACCAUGCUGAAGGCGGAGGAGAACUACCUGCCGUCGCCAAACUACUUCAAGUGUGUUCAGAAAGAAAUAGUCCCCAAGAUGAGGAAGAUAGUUGCCACCUGGAUGUUAGAGGUCUGCGAGGAACAGAAAUGUGAGGAGGAGGUUUUUCCGCUGGCUAUGAACUAUUUGGACAGAUUUUUAUCAGUGGAGGCCACCAGGAAAACAAGACUACAGCUGCUGGGAGCUACGUGCAUGUUUCUAGCAUCCAAGAUGAAGGAAACUGUGCCCUUAACGGCGGAGAAACUCUGCAUCUACACGGACAACUCGGUCCAGCCCGGAGAGCUGCUGCAAAUGGAGCUGCUGGUUCUCAACAAGCUGAAAUGGGACCUGGCUUCGGUCACACCUCACGACUUCAUCGAGCACUUCCUGUCCAAGCUGGAGAUCUACCCGUCCACCAAGCAGAUCCUCAGGAAACACGCUCAGACCUUCGUGGCUCUCUGUGCUACAGAUGUCAACUUCAUCGCCAGUCCUCCGUCCAUGGUGGCGGCGGGCAGUGUGGUGGCAGCCGUUCAAGGUCUCUACCUGAAGAGCCAAGACGCCUCCCUGUCCUCCCAGAACCUCACCAACUUCCUUUCGCAGGUCAUUCGCAGUGACCCGGACUGCUUACGGUCAUGUCAGGAGCAGAUCGAGUCCCUGCUGGAGUCCAGCCUGCGGCAGGCUCAGCAGCACAACAACACGACAGAAACCAAACGCGUAGACGAGGACGUGGACCUGUCCUGCACCCCGACAGACGUCAGAGACAUCAACAUCUGAAGUGACCGACAGCCGCGUCGCGCGAUGACCUGACGAUCGAGGGAAAGUUUGUCGACAGAGGUUGGCGAUGGGUCGGCCGGGGAGGGGGUUCCUCAUCUGAACUCAGCCUCCCCUCCUCCUCCUCCUCCUCCUCCUCCUUCCUGGGCUGCUAUCAUGGCCGACAUGUCACUCACAUGCCCGCUGUCCACUACGACUGCCAAGACGGGACAGAGUGCCCCCCCCGCCGCCCCGCAAACCCAAGUCACAUUUCCUGCCAGUGUCCCCUCCCAUCCUGGGAAAAGAAAUUAACACUACAGAAAUGUCUAAGAGAGAAAAGACACCGAAUACUGAUGACCCGUGUGGGCUGGAGUUGAAGCCACAUUACAGACAUUUUAGUAGAUAUUUUUUCUCAUUCCCUCAAAUAUUAAACUAGGAAUCUUUAAAUUACCACAGACUUAACUCGCCUACUAAAACAUCCCAAAGUGUCAUGUACAGUAGGUCCUUGUAGUCUGUCUUCAAGUCUUUAUCUGAAAUCUGACUUUUGUUAAAGAAGAAGAGGCUUUUUUUUGUUUUCAUUUCUCUAUUGUUAUAUCGUAUGUUUUUAGAUUUCCUGUCCCAUGUUUGUUUUGUUGCCUUGCAAACAUUCAUAUAUCCCUUGCUUGCUUAUGUUUAGUCACUUUAUCAUUUUAGGCCUCUUUUUUUUAAACCAAGUGUAGUGUGAGACGCUCUGUUUUUAGGACCUUAGCGACUGUGGACUGCUGAUGUUAAGGCUUUGGACAUACAUGAUUCUUUGUUCAUUCGUCGACAACGGUCGCUUUUACCCCGUUUCAGCUUGCUGUAAUUUGAUGAGAUCAAAUCGAUGCACAAUCAAGCAAAGCGAUCCACAGUCUGCUAUGCGUCCUUUCUGUGUAGGUAUAACUAAACCAUUCCAACUUUGUUUUUUUUAAAAAAGCACUUUUGGUCAGCGCUGCUGGUCGUCUAAAAAAAAAAAAAUCACAGUGGUUAAGUUUGUAAAACAACAUGAAAAUUGAAUGGGGGGGUUGAAUGGGGGAUGGAGAGUGAGAGCAACACCUGCAGACAGUUGGAUCUGGAUCAGGCCUGAAUCUGAUUCAUCAAAUGGGACAAAAAAAAAUCGACCUUUAUGGCAGACUUUUUUUAAAACAAGACUGAAUGCUGCUUGACACUGUCAUGAGUCUCAUUGAGCCGGCGGCGCUCUGCAGCUGCCUUCAAAGUCUCAGAUUGAGUUUUAGUUCAACAGAUGUUUCAUACAGGCAAAGCUGCUCUUCCAUUAUAAGAAUUGUUUCAAUGUGCAGAGCCAAAAGCUGAAGGUCCAGUAAAAGUAAAAUCAAGUAUUAUUUUUAUAGUUAAAAUGAUACUUUUAUAUAUAGUAAAACAUAUUAUUUAUUAUUUUUUUUAAGCUUGCAUUUUCCAGUUUGCAAACAAACCAUGGCUCCACCUACCGCUGAACUAUAUCUGCCUCCAGAGCAGCCCUGCCGUCCAAGGGAUAUUUGUAAAACUAAAACUCCACUCUGCCUCUAAAUCGCCAUGACAGCAUCUCCUCCGUCACACCACCUCAGUUCAAAUACUGCUCAUGGAUUCUGGGAAAGGGGAUGAAGAUAAAAAUAAAAAGAAGAGAAGUGUUGAGACUAUGAUUUUGCACAAACCUAAAAGACGUGGGCUGCGUUUCUUGGGGACUUGCCUAAAAAAGAAACUGGGGAGAGCAAAGCUGGCAAGCAUACAGAGGGGCGAAAAGGUGGCAAAAGUGGCAAAAAAGGGUGAAGGCUCAACAGGGAGGGGUGUCUUAAUGCUGUAGAGUUCAAGUCAGGGUUCCUACACAGGACGGCAAAGUUAUCAUGACAAGGUUGAUUGGUACGAGCAGGAAGGGACCUGUUCAAAUCCAACUCUGGAAAAAAGUAUUGAAUUCUAUAAGUAUGUCAAACUGUGUGGGAACCCUGUAAAUGAGGUUUCUGAUUGUACAUUAAGGAUAGAGAGUAGGAGAGAAACACUCCUUGUAUUCCGCUGCUAUAGAAAAAUUAAUCCCAGCUACGUGUUAAAAAAAAGAAAAACAGAUGACAAAAACGUAAUGGAUUAAAAAACAAUGCUUUUCUCCUGUUGUUUGCUGCUACAUUUUUGGUGUUUUUUUUAUACAUAUAAAUGUCAAUAUACUGCCAUUCUAGGUUUGAAUUUUCUCAUAGAAAAUUGUGUUAUUGACAUCCUCAUUUGUUGUUUUUAUGUAGAUUCUAUGUGAUCCCUUUUCUUUUUUUUUGUUUAUAAUUACGUAAUAUGAUUUUCCGAACUAUUCCAAAAAAAAAAAAAAAACAAGGAAAAAUGAGACAAUGUACAGAAAUGCUUUGAUCCACAAUACCUCAUGUGACAGUCAAGAUCUAUCUCUAAUUUUAGUCUUUUUAUUUGUUUAGUUUUUAUUCUAUUCUACUUGUUGGUUCAGUGCCUACUAGCUCUGUUCAACCUGCUUAAGAUGAAGCAUCCGCGAUGGAAACUAGCGAGUCCAGGGCAUGCUUUGAUACUGGUGCCAUAACAGAAAAAUGGGAUAUGUAUAACUCUGUUGAGUGUUAAGCUGUCUCUGUGAAAGAGACUUUAUCCCCCCUUUAGGCCCAUAGCGGCCUUUCCUUCCCCCUUUUGAUAUUUAUAAAAGAAAAAAAGCUUUUGCUCCAAUUUUCAAACUGUCAGUGAGUUGAUUUGAGUUUGUAAAUAGAGUCAGUGUUGUGCUCGGAAGCCAUAGACUGUUUUUUUGUUACAAAUCAUUCCACACAGUUGUGUCUACUUCAUGCCAGUUGUCUGCAACUUGUGUCGACUACACAAUAAAAACAUGAAUUAGAUGGA